AUGCCGGGACUUCGGACCCUACUCGGCAACUUUACAAUGGAAAUCCCGUUGGCGCUGUACAUGUUGACGUCAUUCCUGCGAUUCCCCGUCUUUCAGAACCUUAUCUACGAGAAGGUGUGCAUGGAAUUGAGAGAUGACCCAAACCUCUGCCAAAACGUUAGUGCCUACCAUGAUGAUAAGGAAAUUCACGAGAAAUUUAACCAUAUUUAUUUCUUGUCUACGAUCACCCUGUUGAUACCUUCCAACGUUGUUGUGCUAUUUUUGGGCGCAGCCUGCGACAUUUGGAGCACCAAGAUCCCGCUCCUCAUCCCGUUUACCGGGCUUGUCUUCUCGACGGCCAACUACAUUUUCCAAGCGGCAUAUAUGGAAUCGAACGUCUACUGGCUGCUGUUGAGUGACGCGAUUUUUGGGGUGUGCGGCGGGUAUUUGGGGGUUAUUGGAACCACGAUGACGUACAGCGUAAAAGCGACGAGCCAAAGCCACCGUAGCGUUCGGAUCGCAAUGAUGGAGGGCUCAAUUGGUUUGGGUGGCACGAUCGGAUACGCUUUGUCUGGGACUCUGAGAAGCGCCGUUGGGUAUACAUGGAGCUUCGUAAUCCACCUAAUUCUACAAGUUAUCGGCUACAUCUACAUCAUCGCCUUCGCGAAGGAAUUGAUCAAUCAGGAAGAGCGUGAGCCCUCAUUAUCCGAGAGCGGAGAAAUCGGCCGUUCAAACAACAUCAUCGUCCACCUCAUCGAGGUGCUCCACGGCUUCUACAGGCUCAUCACCAAGCCGAGGCAGUACAGGACGCUCCUCUGGAUGUGCCUUAGCGCGCUCGCGCUCGAGCUGCUGAUCUUUGCUGGGCUGAUGGACAUCCAGUACUCCUUUUUGCGCUACACGCUCGGAUGGGGCGACAAGGAGUACGGGUGGUUCAGCGGGCUAUCUUAUGGGCUGACGACCGCAACGGUGCUGCUAAUCUACCCGUAUCUGAAGUUCCGAGGGUGGAACGACAGUUUAUUAGGGAGUUUGGGGCUUGGAUUAAAGAUUAUCUCCCUGAUCGUCUUCGCCUUUAUUGUCGCACUGUGGAUGGCCUACGUCGUCACCGUGCUCACAAUGGCCAACAGAUUCGUUUCGACGGGUUUUCGCUCGUUUACAAGUCGACUUGUUGAAGAAGCCGAGCAAGGAAAGCUCUUCUCGCUAAUCGUGCUGCUCGAAGGGCUUACGGCCCUCGCCGCCACGUCAAUCUACAAUAACCUCUACCCCAAAACUCUACAUAUCUUUCCGGGGAUGAUGAUCCUAGUCUCGGCCGCCAUAUUGCUGCCCAGCUUGGCAGCGUUACUGUACUCUGAGUACAAGAUUCGAAAGGAGGGGCCGAGAAUCGCAGAGGAUCGGCGAACUACCACCUCCAGCCUUGCUGCCCUUGUUGGUGCGCAGCGCCUCGGCGGCCUUGCGUUGCGCGGUCGUCACCUCCGAAAACGCGUCGAUGGCCAUUCGUACGCCUGUAAA